UCCCUUUGAUGGAGUUUUAUUUUUUGUAAAUUUUUUUAUUAGGUUUUAGUACAUUACAAGACCAGAUACAUGGUAACAAGCAGGGGUAGACUGACAAAUCAUGGGGCCCCCGGGCAAUAGGGGAUCAUGGGGCCCCUGUGUCCUUGCCCAAACUCAAAAAAGCUUAUGAAAAAGGUACCAGGGGCAUCUCAUGGGGCCCCCCUACUGACCCCAGGCCCUCGGGCAGUGCCCAAGUUUCCAAAUGGUCAGUCCGCCCCUGGUAACAAGUAACAA